AUGCCAGGAAGUGCGCGCUGCGUGCGCCUGGCCUGCGGUGCUAAGCACACGCUCUUCCUCACAGCAACCGGGCAACUAUACGGCUGCGGACAGAACGCGCAGCGACAGCUGAGCAGCGCUGUGUCUGGCUGCGUAACCACCACAGAGCUUCCCUUCAGCCACGAAAACGGACUGCCGGUCGAUAUCUUCUGCCACCCCAGCCUGAACGUUUCAGUGGUGCUGACCAAGGAGAACAGGUUCUUCAUCUGCGGCGAAGCCGGCAGUCUCUUUCACACAGCCGGCCUCAUUGAGCACUUCCUGCCAUACGACAGGGAUGCGAUUAUGAUCGAGAACCGCAUUGUGUGCAUGAAGCACAGCACUGGCCAGGUGUACAUACCGGGGUUCAACGAUCCCAAGGUCGGCACAGUUGAGCUGGUUGCAGCGCAGGAGGCAGAGGAGCCCGAGCCCGAUGGAGCUUAUGCUUGCCGGCUGGUGGAGCGGCACUUGGCUGUAGACAGCCUGCGGCGCUUGACUCAUCAAGCACUGGAG